AUGGCGGAGAAGCUGACGGAUGGUUUUGUUCCUAACGACAUUCUCCUGAAUGCGCCUGCUAGCAGCAGCAGCAGCAGCAGCAACAGCAGCAGCAGCAGCAGCAGCAGCAACGUACGCACCUUGCUGAUUACGGGCCCUAACAUGGGAGGCAAGAGCACUCUCUUGAGGCAGACAGCUCUUUGCGUUGUGCUGGCUCAGCUGGGUUCAUAUGUACCAGCUUCGGAGUGCUUGUUGACUCCUGUAGACAGAAUUUUCUCGCGUUUGGGGGCAGAAGAUUUUAUUUUGCAGGGCAGCAGCACUUUCUUCGUUGAGCUCUCAGAUAUAGCUGAGCUAACCACGCACGGGACACGUUAUUCUUUAGCUUUGAUAGACGAACUGGGUAGAGGGACAUCCACCAGCGACGGCCUGGCGAUUGCACUGUCUACUGCCGAGUACAUCAAUGAUGUUAUUCGGCUGUUUGUCUCCUUUUAG